CCACCUCGUGCUCUGCACACAGAAAUCCAGCUAUUCGGGUUUAUACAUACGGCUGUUUACACCACGUAUUUUGUUUUAACCGUUGAUCACCAAAUAUAACUGUCAUGGUUAUUUUGGCGUAGCCUUCUUAUGGAGUAUUCUCAUCUGAUUAGGGUGAUUUUAAACAAGCAUUAUCGUGUACAGAGUCUCGCGGCCAGCUUUGUGACGCGGCGCUCCCUCCCGUUGAAUGGUGGCACGAGGAUGGCACUGCAUCGGAAAUUCUUUAUAUUUGUCAUCAAAGGGCUUUUUAAAUUAGAUUUUAAUUAGCUGUUUAAAAAAACGCUUGAUGCUUGCGCGGGAGUGACGAUAAGCAAGCAGUCUGGAUUAUGGAAGUGGAAUGCAGAUUUGAAGAUUUUUGAAUUGGCUCAAGGGUUCACUCACUGUACAGGCAAGCCACAGCCAACUUCACUGAGGAAGAGGACCAGCAGUGAGGCUUGGAGACUCCUCCAUCACAUUCCACCCAGUCUCAUCUAUUCCACUCAACCUUCAGCAUCAUGUCUAUCCCGAGCAGCAGCCCAGAAAGAGAAAACUCCAGUGGCACCCAGCUUGAGUUCCCCUCUACUCCUCCUUUAAUGGACCCAGACCCUCUUUCAACAGGCAGCCCAGUGCUCAGUCCAGACUCUUCCUCCCAUGAUACAGCACUGUCAGCACCAGCACACUCCCCAGCAGACUCUGAGAAUCUAAAUCCUGAGGAACUUGAGCUGCUGGCCAAACUUGAGGAGCAGAACAGGUUGCUGGAGGCUGAUUCCAAGUCAAUGCGAUCAAUGAGUGGCUCAAGACGCAACAGUGGUUCCUCACUUGUGUCCAGCUCCUCAGCCUCCUCAAACCUAUCACACUUGGAGGAAGAUACCUGGAUUUUAUGGGGCCGCAUUGUCAAUGAGUGGGAUGAGUGGAGACGCAAGAAGGACAAGCUUCUAAAGGAGUUGAUCCGGAAGGGUAUCCCCCAUCAUUUUCGUGCCAUUGUUUGGCAACUGUUAGGCAAUGCUACUGACAUGCCAGUUAAGAAUCAGUACUCUGAGCUGCUGAAAAUGUCAUCUCCUUGUGAGAAGCUCAUUCGCAGAGACAUUGCCCGCACAUACCCCGAGCACGAGUUUUUCAAGGGACAGGACAGCUUGGGGCAGGAAGUCCUCUUCAACGUCAUGAAGGCAUACUCUCUAGUGGACCGUGAAGUGGGCUACUGCCAAGGCAGCGCUUUCAUUGUUGGCUUGCUCCUAAUGCAGAUGCCAGAAGAGGAAGCAUUUUGUGUUUUUGUGCGACUAAUGCAAGAGUACCGCCUGAGGGAACUGUUCAAACCUAGCAUGGCAGAACUUGGCCUAUGCAUCUACCAAUUUGAAUAUCUGCUCCAGGAGCAGCUUCCUGAGCUGAAUGUCCAUUUUCGCUCUCAGAGUUUCCACACGUCUAUGUAUGCCUCAUCCUGGUUUCUCACCCUAUUUCUUACCUUCCUCCCACUCCCUGUUGCAACACGAAUCUUUGAUAUUUUCAUGUAUGAGGGUCUAGAGAUUAUCUUCCGUGUGGGCCUGGCUAUCCUGUUGUACAACCAGACUGACCUCAUUCAGCUGGACAUGGAGGGCAUGUCACAGCACUUUCAGAAGGUGAUUCCUCACCAGUUUGACUGUUGCCCAGACAAGCUGAUCCUCAGGGCCUACCAGGUCAAAUACAACCCCAAGAGGAUGAAAAAACUUGAAAAAGAAUACACCACAAUCAAGAACAAAGAAAUGGAAGAACAAAUUGAAAUUAAGAGAUUACGCACAGAAAACCGAUUGCUAAAGCAGAGAAUUGAGACUCUUGAGAAGGAGAGUGCUGCUUUGGCAGACAGAUUGAUACAGGGCCAGGUGACAAGAGCACAGGAAGCAGAAGAAAACUAUGUGAUCAAGCGAGAGCUGGCAGUGGUGAGGCAGCAGUACAACACAGUCAAUGAGAACCUUGAGAAAGCCCAGGACACCAUCACAGAACUGCAGCAGCACCGGUACACAGAGCAAUUUGUGAACAAUCUGCAGACCCAGCUGGAACAGUCAAGGCUGCAUGAGGCUGAACUGCUCGGAGCCAUGAAAGAAAUGCAAGACAAGGUGCUCGACCUGGAGAAGAGGAGCAGUUGCCUGCCAGAUGAGGGCAAUGUGGCAGCCCUGCAGGAAGAGGUGAAACAGAUGAAGCUGAGGGAACUAGAGACACUGCGCUCAUUUAGAGAGAUGCAGGACAGUGUGAGUGAGCUAAACCAGCGCUGGCAGCAUCAUAUGUCCCGUGGCAGCAGCACUGGUAGUGGGGGAGGCCACUGGAAGGAAUCCCCCAAAAAGAAUGCAAUGAACGAGUUGCAGGACAAACUGAUGACAAUCAGGCUGAGGGAGGCGCAGGCCCAGGCUGAGCUCAGAGAAGUCAAAUUUAAAGCCCUGCAGCUUGAGAGCCAGAACCAGAUCCACACCAAACUGAUAACUCGCCACGAGCAGGAGCGUUCUGCUCUACAAGACCGGCUCCAGAUGGUGGCCAAUCAGAGCAAAGCUCUGCAGGCCCAACUCAACGAAAUGAAAAGGAAGCAAACUGAGUCAGACUGCAAGAGUAAAGAGGAAGUGAUGGCGGUGCGACUCAGAGAAGCAGACAGUAUGGCUGCGAUGGCUGAACUCAGGCAGAAGAUCGCAGAACUGGAGAUACAGAAAGAAGAAGGGCUUAUCCAGGGACAGCUGAACCACUCGGACUCCAAGCAGUACAUCAGCCAGCUUCGGGACCAGAUUGUUGAGCUGAAAAACGAGAUCAGACAGUUGCGAGGUCAAAAAACAGCCCCCAGCUCCAUGGUCAGGGGUGGUGGUGGAUGUACCAACUACCAGGAUCUGUGCUUGCCCAGCCCUGCUUCCGCUGAAGGGGACUACGUCAGUUCAGAUGAGGACCUGCUCCCUUGCCCACUGACCACCACCGCCUUGUACCCCAACUUGUCUGGCCCUUGCCACACAUCUGCCCAUCUUGACAGUGAUGGCAGUACAGACAGUGAGCCAGAGGAGCGAGAGACACAUCCAGACCCACAGCAGCUAUACGGCAGCAUGGUGUGUGCCGAGGCACUGAACAACUGAGACAUGAAGAGGGUUUAAUGGGUAGUCCACUUUUCCUUACCCUCAUGAAACAUAGGAGCUACACAGGAUAAUACUACUACAGUUAAUUGUAUUAAUCUUUGAAACCCUCAGCUUGUCCAGUAUUUUCCAUUUACUUGAUGCAGACAACAUUGAUCAGAUUUGUUUACCUGUUGUCUUCAUAUUCUUUUUCCACCCAAAUUCUCUGAUCCAAGAGGUAAUAUAAUGCCUCUCCUCUUGUUAGCAUACUAGAAACUUUCCAAUAAAAUCAUAUAGUUUUGAACAUGAAUAUUUGACAUGGGUACAAAAAGUAUUUAAUUUUAUUACGCAGUGGUUGCUGUUUACAGUUCCAGUUAUAGCCCUGGAAAUUAAUCUGUGACUGUUUCAGGAGAGGAAAGAUGGGUCCACAGACAAAAGAACCUCUCUUCUUGUAUGUAUAAACAGAGUAGACACUGUUGACACAAAAUAAACUACCAUGAGGUAACUUUCCUUUUCAUGUCCCUAAUAAGAAGACUCAUCAGUAUCACUGCCUUCAGAAAAAAAUGAUAUCAUCCAUCUGUUUAUGUUUUAGCCAUAUGGAGGAUUAUACUAAGUUUAUUCAACAGAUGGUAAUUUCAAGAAGUUUUUGAGUGUUAAAAUUAUGUGUCUAUCACAAGAAGGCUCUCAUGAAUCAGCAUAUUACCAUAUUGAAUAACUGGGCUUUCAUUUUAGAUAUUCCUGGUCAUUAAAAGACUAGUACACCUUGUUAAAUAUUCACAAUAAUCCACAAAAAGGAAAUUCUGAAUAUUGCCAAAUCAUUUGCUUUUAUCUAUAUGUGUUUUAUUUGUUUUGAAUUUUUUUUUUUACAUCUGUAUUAAGUGUUGGGAUGCAGUUAUUCCAACAGAAGCCUAAAUUUGUACCCUCCUUUCUGCCAACAAAGUUUUCUGUGAUGGGUUUACUGUGAGACUAUUCAAAAGAAAAAUGCUGCUAUGAUAUUUGUUUGUAUUUAUUUUAAUUUUAUUUAUGUAUUUGUUUUUUCAUCUCUUUUGUACAGGAAAGAUAUGUAACUUCCAGAUAACUCAGAAAUCGUAAAUAUUGGUUAAUAUUUUGCAAACCGAUUGAGAGAUUAAGUAUCUGUUUGAACGUCAUUGAAGCUUUAUGAAAUUUACCAAAUGAUGGUAAUAACCUUUUGAGACCCCACUCUGAUGAAGUUUAAAAGAAAAAGCAAUGGUUUUGGCAAAAGCUUACUUUCUUACUAAGUUUCUUGAGUUUGUUCUGAUUUAGCAAACCUAUGAAAUUAGGACAUUGACACAACUGAAAGCUCGGAGAUAGUUAGCUUAGCAGGCAAUGUUUGUGCACAGUUUUCUUUAUUGCAUGAAACCAUGAAACCCUCCAUGAAAAUCUGGUUUGUUUCCUUAAUUUUCUUGAAGCAAAAGCACACCUGUUUUGCUAAUCUAAGGACAUAUUAUAUAUAAAUAUAUGUGAAUGUUGAUACACCUUUUUAACAUUACGUUAACAAGUUUCAAUGUUAAUGAACAUUACACCGUUAUGUUUAAAAUAUUUACCUAUAUUUGCCAACAUAACUAACACAAUUUAAUGUCACUGUUGUUAGAGCAAGUUGCCAAAGCUGUAGAUACUGGUAGAACUUUUUCAAGGGAACUUCUGAUUGAAAGAGGGAGAAUUUAGUAAUUCUUCCAUUGUAUGUUUAGUUGCUUUGGGCUUUCUAGCCAUUUCUCUCUAUUCUCAGACAGGAAUGGUAAGCUUUAUGUUAAGCUAACCUACUUCUGGCAUACUUCAUUACUGUCCAAAACAUAGAAAUAUUUAUUUCUAUGUAACUUAAUCCAUGAAACUUAUCUGGAAACAUAAGUUAAUGUAUCAGUGUCACUUCUUGGGUUGCAGUUUUGUAAGAAAACAAACAAAGCAUUUCAUUGAGAGUGUGCAUUGCUGAUAAAUAUUGUGCAUAUGAUAUAUCCUGUUUGGAAAGAAAAUGUUACAUGUAUGGAUAAAUAUAUGAUACGCAGACUAAAAGGAGCAAAGGUAUAUAGAUGAUAUUAAAAUAUAUAUCACUAUCAUUCAGAUUUGACUGAGGAUGGCACUAAGUUUGAAUAGUAUAUUAAACAGGGAGUCAUAUGUACAAAAUAGUCACCAUUGCUUUUUGUGCUGUAGACAAAGAUUAACUCUCCAUUCAGGAUUUCAAAGUGGAAGAGGAAGAGUGUGGGUAUGGAUUAUUACUGGAAUAAAUUCUCUAUGAACAUUUUUUCACCACUAACCUUAGGAGUGAGCUUCAGACAGAAGCCGUAUUCAUGUGGGGGGGGGGGAAAUCAAAUUUUGGAAGAAAAAUAACAGACAGACACCUGUACUUUUACAAUACAUCAUUUUAAGUAUUGUUUUUCUAUUAUAAACAUAAUCAAAAAUAUUAUUUUUGUGCAUUAAGAAGUGAUUAUACCAAGCACCAUGCCUUCUCCUUUAAAAAAAAAAUAUCUUCCAGUAAAGGCUAUCAGAAUACUAAAGAGGAUGUUGGCUUGUCCACUGUUCUGUUGUAAUUAACAGCUUUUUGGUGGUUACCUAUGGAUGUAGCAACUGAAAUCUCUUCUCUGGAAUCUGUUUAAAUAUAAACGUAGAUUCCAUUAAUAAAUACUGAAUGCUGUACAUAGUAGUUCCAUCUGAUUGACAGUCAUUUCAACUGUCGUCAGCUCUGUUGAUUAUUAUAUUUAUUAUUUGAGUACAUUUUUUGAGUAAAAGAAAAUCUGUAAUAUACAGAUGUUACUGUUGCGCCUGCUUUUUCAAAGUUUAUUAACGACAGUUUACUGGAAUUUAAAAAAAAAAUCUCACAUUAAAAACAGCACAUUGAAGUAAGACUUGACAUGUCAGGGGUCAAAUUUUAAACAUUUACAUUAAAACAAGUUUUAAUUUCAAAAUUGCAAACAUUCUACUCUUCCUUUUGGCAGCUAACAGAGAAAUGAAUCUAUUUGUUAACAGUGAUUUUCCCAUAGUAAACAGAAUUGAAGAUUGAUUUACUAUUAUUUUUCUAUGAGUAUUCUUGACAUUUUUUAUGAAUUUGCACUACUUAUAUGGAAACAUUCCCACUGUUUUCUCUUCCUUUUCAAAACAUUAGUGGGUGAUUCUUCUUAUUCUCUAUGAUUUGUUUCAGUUGUAUGGUUAAGAUAUACCCUAGUAGACCCUCUUUUGCAUUUUUUGCAAUUAAGCUUCCUAAAGCUACAUAGUAAAAAACUGACAUGCCAAUUGUUACAGACAGAAACUGUUAAGUCUUCUGCACUUAAUCAUUAAUUACAAAAGUCAGGCUUAAUAAAUCUGUUCAGUGAUGGUCCUUUAUUCUUAUCACUGGCUAAGCAAACUCUAUUUUCUGUGAUAGAUCAUUUUGGUUUGUUUGGAAAUAAAAUUUCCCAAAACCAAACAAAAGAUUAUUAAAAAUCUUCAUAUUGUGCCAUAACAGUCAAGAGAUUUACAGGGUAUGAUUUAUUAUUUGUCACUGAUAUACAAGUAGAGUUUUGCAGUAUAUGAAAUAUGGUUUAUGCUGUGUAAUUCCAUACUAAUUUAAUUUUUAGACUGGAACCCAUAAUCUGUUUACCCUUGUCUAAAGGCAGGAAGUAAAAUGAAAGCAUUUGUUUUUAGAUGGUCUAUGUUCUAUCAUUUGUAUGUCAUAUGUGGUGGCUGUUUAAUACCUACAGCUUUGUGGUCAAAAAUCACGUGCACCCUCUCCUUCGCUCUUGCUGUUCAACUGAUGUAGUGAGAUAUAUCACAUAACAGUAAACAUUAUUUAGAUUAAGUAUAAUGUGGGGCUAAACAUUUCAGUGUUCUAUAUCCUAUGAAUGAUCCAAAAUAAACUUUGACAUUGCACCUCUUAGAAGCCUGAUUUUGUUAAUGUUAUCUCUCAGUUGAUGAAGAAAGUACAUACUUAACUGGACUCAGCCACGUUAAAUAGAAAUAAGUAGAUAAAU